AUUGGGGGAGGAGGGUGGACACAACAUCCCAUCUUUGUGUUUCGGUACAGACUAAGCUUUUAGGCCAGCUCUCCUGGCUGGAGCAGGGGCGUGGCCUGCAUGAGAAGUAAACAUCAGAGAUCUGAAGAAGCUUAUAAAAUCGCUUGGGAGAGGCCAGUCACCAAGACAGGCAUCUCAAAUCGGCUGAUUCUGCAUCUGGAAACUGCCUUCAUCUUGAAAGAAAAGCCACCCAGCCCCAAGAUGGUGAUGCUGCUGCUGCUGCUUUCCACACUGGCUGGCCUUUUCGGUGCAGCAGAGGGACAAGCAUUUCAUCUUGGGAAGUGCCCCUCGCCUCCGGUGCAGGAGAAUUUUGACCCGAAUAAGUAUUUCGGAAGAUGGUACGAAAUUGAGAAGAUCCCAACAACCUUUGAGAACGGACGCUGCAUCCAGGCCAACUACUCACUAAAGGGAAAUGGAAAGAUCAAAGUGUUAAACCAGGAGUUGAGAGCUGAUGGAACUGUGAAUCAAAUUGAAGGUGAAGCUACCCCAGUUAACAUCACAGAGCCUGCCAAGCUGGAAGUUAAGUUCUUCUGGUUUAUGCCAUCGGCACCGUACUGGGUCCUGGCCACCGACUAUGAGAACUAUGCCCUCGUGUAUUCCUGUGUCAGCAUCAUCAGUCUUUUUCGUGUGGAUUAUGCUUGGAUCUUGGCAAGAAACCGUCAUCUCCCUUCAGAAACAGUGGACUUUCUAAAAAAUAUCCUGACUUCUAAUAACAUUGAUGUCAAGAAAAUGACGGUCACAGAUCAGGAGAACUGCCCCGAGUUCUCGUAACCACGCUCCACAGGGAGGCUGUGCCCACUCCACGUUACAUUUCCUGCUUUGCUUUCCCCCACCCCACCCACUCCUCAUAAACACAAACCAAUCAACCAUGACAAACCUUCGCAAACACCAGAAGGGAGGGUUGACCACGGAAGACAGUGGUGAGGAGCUCAAGGGAGUUGGCCUGAAUACAUAGCCAUACCCUACCCUGUUACCCUGCUAGCCGCAAAAUAAACUGGUUGCUGACCUGCUGUGCUCACGGUGA